UUGAGGUGGGUCCUCAUCUAUGUCCCAAUGCUUACACUGUUGAGGUUUGAUGAGUAGCUGAAUUAAAAUGUAGAACACAGAGUGCAAUAUUUUUUAAAUGUCAAAAAAGGGGUUAGGCAUAUUGCUAAAUGGUAGUGCUUGCUUAGCAUGACAAGUGCUUUGGGUUUGAUUCUGACAACUUCAAAAAAGUCACUCAAUUCAAUAUAUUUUUAUCCCUAUUCUUUAGGUGACUAAGAACUGAGCCAUGGAGAUAUGGUUAAACCAAUCAUCAGCAGAUGAAUUUAUCCUUGUGGGCAUUUUUUCCCACAGCCUAACUGAUCUUGUUCUUUUCUCUGUGGUCAUGAUAAUCUUCACAGUGGCCCUAUGUGGGAACAUUCUCCUCAUCUUCCUCAUCUACAUUGAUCCACAACUUCAUACUCCCAUGUACUUCUUCCUCAGUCAGCUCUCCCUCAUGGACCUAAUGUUGCUCUGUACCAAUGUUCCAAAGAUGGCAUUCAACUUCCUAUCUGGAAUGAAGUCCAUCUCCUUUGUAGGUUGUGGUAUACAAAUUGGCCUUUUUGUCUGUCUUGUGGGGUCUGAGGGGCUCUUGCUUGGACUUAUGGCUUAUGACCGUUACGUAGCCAUUAGCCAUCCACUUCACUAUCCCAUCCUAAUGAAUCAGAAGGUCUGCCUCUGGAUUGUUGUGAGCUCCUGGGCUUUUGGGAUACUAGAUGGCUUGAUUCAGAUGGUGGUAGUAAUGAACUUCCCUUAUUGUGACUUGAGGGAGGUGAACCACUUUUUCUGUGAGAUGCUAUCCUUGUUGAAACUGGCCUGUGUAGAUACAUCCAUUUUUGAGACAGUGAUAUUUGUUUGCUGUGUUUUCAUGCUACUCUUUCCCUUCUCCAUCAUUGUGGCCUCUUAUGGUCGAAUUCUGGGGACUGUGCUUCGUAUGCACUCUGCUCAGGCCCAAAAGAAGGCUCUGACCACAUGCUCUUCUCACCUGACAGCUGUCUGCUUCUUCUACGGUGCAGCCAUGUUCAUCUACCUGAGACCAAGAUACUACCGGGUCCCUAGCCAGGACAAAGUGGUCUCUAUCUUCUACACAGUUCUUACUCCUAUGCUCAAUCCUCUCAUUUAUAGCUUGAGGAACAGGGAGGUGUUGGGUGCACUGAGGAAGGGGCUGAACCACUGCAGGAUCAGCAACAAGCACUAAACACCAGGGCAAUUGGGGCCUGGUCUCAAAUUCCUGGGUUCAAGUAAUCUUCCUGCUUCAGCCUCCAGAAUAACUGAGAUAAGCUACAUCCCCUGGGCAGUAAGAGGGGAGCAUAAGCAUUGGGUAAUUCACUCUUUUUAGGACUGAGGUUUAUCAAUA